AUAUAGAAACUGAGCCUCACGUUACCCACUACACCACAUUGAUUAAAAGUAAAAAAAAAAAAAAAAAAUAACGCAAAACGAUGGAAGGCGAAUUGGUGGUGAUAAUCUCAAAGAGCGUCGUAAAUCCCAGAAACGUUAAGAAAUCGACUACUGUGAAGGAGAAGAUUCAUCUUUCUCCAUGGGAUCUAGCUCGUCUUCGCUUUGGUUAUCUUCAAAGAGGUCUUCUCUUUCACAAACCUGAUCUCAAAACUGACAUAAUCGUCUCACGAUUACAAGCUUCACUCUCUGUUGCACUAGAUCGUUUCUAUCCUCUAGCUGGACGUCUUGUUAAGGUCAAGAACGACGACGAUACUGUCUCGUUUUUCAUCAGCUGCGAUGGUUCAGGUGUGGAGUUUGUUCACGCCGUGGCUAAAGACAUCGAGCUCAGUGAUGUACUUCAGUUGUCUGGUUCUGUCCCCGGUUUUUUCAGUUCUUUUUUCCCUGCGACCGGAAUCAAGAACUACCACGGUGUCUCAAGAUCUUUACUUAUGGUUCAAAUGACCGAGAUGAAAGACGGGAUUUUCAUCGGCUUCGGUUACAACUCAACCGUGGCUGACGCCAGUUCAAUCUGGAGGUUCAUCAACGCAUGGUCUGAGAUUUGCUCCAAGGAUUCGGGAGGAUCCGAGACCUUCCAACAUCGUCUUCAACUCAAAGGUUGGUUCUUUCCUACGAUUGAUUACCCAAUCCAUAUCCCAGACCCUGAAACAAAAGCAACUAGUUCUGUAACAACAUCAACCAAUUUACAAGAGAAGAUGUUUCAUGUUACAAAGGGGAAUGUUUUGAAACUGGAAGCUAAAGCCAACGGCGAGGCUGAUCAAAAGAUCUCGUCUAUUCAAGCGGUGUUAGCACAUAUAUGGUGUUCAAUGAUUAAGCACAGCGGCAUGAGCCGAGAAGAAGAGACCCAUUGCAGGUUACCUAUAAACAUGAGGCAAAGACUAAAUCCACCGCUGGAAGCAGAGUGUUUUGGGAAUGUGAGCCAGACCGGGAUAGCCCCAGUCACGGUUGGGGAGCUGCUGGACAACGGACUAGGCUGGGCUGCUAUGCAAAUCAACAAAAUGGAGCUGUCACAAACGGAUGAGAAAGCCAAAGAAUUAGCAGAGAAGUGGGUGAAAAAUAUCAAGAUUCCAGUUUCUGUUGGUAGCAAAGAUUUGGUUGUCACAAACUCUAACCGGUUCGAUGCGUACUGCAACGAUUUCGGUUGGGGUAAACCGAUAGCUGCAAGAGCUGGACCACCAUACCUCAAUGGGAGACUCGUUGUGUUCCAAGGAAUCGAUCAAGAGAGUCUUGAUUUUCAGGCUUGCUUACAGCCUCAAGUAGUGGAAAAAUUGUUGAAUGAUGUUGAAUGUAACGAGUAUGUGAACAUUGUUGUAUGAGAUGAUUUGGUUCAGUAAGUAGAUCAUUGAAUGUGUGUAAAAAACUAAGCAAAACGCUGGUCUCUCUUGUGUUCAAGAUUCACCAAAUGCAAUAAUAAGCCUCUGCAAUUUCUUUCA